AUGUUUUAGCAAAGUUUUGUGUUAUUAAUUUUUAUUUGAAUUGAAUGUUUAUUCCACUUUAUUUGGGUUUAACAUGGAUCAAGCAGACAGCCUUACCAAUUUGUUAAUGGGAAUCAAUUUAUCUGAUAUUGGAAUGCAAGAUAUAUUGUUUCUAUGGAAAAGAUUAGUUUGUGGAGAGAUUAUUGCUUUUGAAGCUGACCAGAAACUCAUGGAAUGUUUUUUAAAUUUAUUUUUGAAUAUUAACUUAUCAGAUCAUAUUGAGUUGCUUAGAUCAAUUGUCGAGAUGCUCAAAAUGAAAGUGAAUGAACAAGGAAUGGCUGUGCAGUGUAAGAUUUGUGAUACUUUAAGUAUGUUAAUACAAGAUAAAGAUCAAAAGUUUAAGGAAAAGUAUGGAAAGUGGAAGGAAAUCAUAACGAAUGAGCUGGUUUGUGUUCAACUUUUUGAAGCUUUAAAGGAAAUGGCUUCUGUUCCAGCUUCGCCAGACAUAACUAAUAAGAAGCUAGCAACCACAUUUUGUUUAAUCAGUGUUAUCCUUAACAAUAAUUCGUAUCAGAGGAAAAAAUUUCAGGAAGUUUUUGGAAUGAAAAGCUUGCGGGAAGUUUUAUUUACAAAUAUUCAAUUGGAUAUUAAUGUUGCUCUCUCUCUUUUUGAAUUGCUGACUAUAUCAAAUUAUCAAGGAGUUCCUAUUGAACAAAGGUUAAUAACAAUGAAGAAGUUAACAAAUCUUAUUAUUGAUAUUCUACCUCAAUUUAAUGAUAAAGGCAGAGAAAAGCUUUGUGAGUCUUUACGAGUUAUGUGUAAAUCUGUUCCUCAAAAUCGAUACAUUUGCUCAAAAAUUGGUUUGAUUUCUAAUAUUGUCCAACUUUUAAGAUGUACACAAUUCAAUUUAGCGGUUAAUAUUAAAAAUUGUUUGAUCAGUUUGAUGGAAACUAUUGGAUGUUUGUCUAUUUCUGCAUCUGAGUUGAAAAUGUUUAUUGGGUUGUUUCAAACAGUGGAAUUUAGCUUAGCUGAUCGACUUGUCCAAGCAUUAGAGAGAAUGUCUUCUCCAAUAUCAUCUGAGGAGACAUUGAGACAUCAGCCAACCCACUACAUUGACUUUUAUAAUAUAUACAAAAAUACUUACAUUCAAUGUCCGAAAAUAAAAAAUUGGAGUGGUAGUGGCGUAUCUGUUCAUAUGUGGGUUUGUCUUGAUUUCAAGCUUCCAAACAAUAUUGAAUGUAAAUCAAUAAAAACAAAACACAUACUUUACAGCUUUAUGAAUAGUGAUGGGGGAGGUUUUGAAUCAUUUUUCACGCAUAAUGGAUUUCUUGUUAUAACAGUGUAUAAUAGGAAAAAGUAUUUGUCAGUAACAUGUACUUCAUCGCCAUUUCUUGAUCAAGAAUGGCAUGGAUUGUCAAUUGUUUAUUCUCGAAAAUUACUUGCAAAAGAUUCUGUUAUUGUGUAUGUUGAUGGGCAUGAAAUCGAGCAUCACAAUUUGCAGUUCCCCACAUUAAAUAAGGAAAUAGUUGUUGGUGGUCUUGGUUGUUCAGCCAAGUUUUUUACUCAGUUGUUGAACAUUCCUGUUCCAAAAUGUCCACUUUAUGAUCUUUCUUCCGCGGAAUGGGGAUCAUCUACUGUUUUAAAAGGACAAAUUGCUUCUUUUGCUUUGUUUAAUGAAUCUUUGAGUCCUGAUCGGAUACAGGAUUUAAAAAGAGCAGGAUCCAAUUCCCAGCUCUAUUUCUCUGUGAAAGAAUUAAUGGCUGAAAGUGCAGAUACUUCUUUGAUGUUCAAUAAUGUGGUUUUAUAUUAUAAUGCCAAGGCAGCUGUUAAAAAUCAGCUGAUGAAUCUGAGUCGACAUGCAAAUCAAACUAAAGAAACUAAAGUUGAUACAUAUAACAUGAAUGCAUCUAUAUGUCGUGUGUUCAAAAUUCAGGAAACUAUCCAAUCCAUUGGCGGUUUGUCAGUUUUAUUUCCUUUGCUUGAGAAGGCAUCAUUUAGACAUAGAAAAUCAUCUUUAUUUUUCCCAAUCACAGAUGAUGUUACUAGUUUCUCUGACACAGAAGGGCAGUACUUAAGUAAUUCUUCAAAUGUACUAACCUGCAACAAGCCUAAUGAAAAACCAACUAAUGGUUCUUCUUAUGAGGAAUAUGAAAAUGGCGAUUCAAAAUUUAUAGAUAUUGAAAACUUGAAACACAAAGAAAUAUGCACUAAUAAAACAAAUGAGAAUAAUUCAAUUGAUUUAGUAAAUAGCUCAAAUAAUUUAGAAGUCUUAGAUUUUAUUUAUAGCGAUGAGUCAUCAAAAGAUAUUGAUCUAAAUAAAAGUUUAAUUUCUAUUCAAAGUUGUGAGAAGUACAAAAGUCAAAUAAGUGAUAACUUAGAAGAUUGGACAUUUUUGGAUUCAAAAGAUAUACAGCCUAGUACUAACAGAUAUUGGUUGCCUGAAAAUAGUUAUGAGUCAAAUGGUAUUGCACACUUCAUAUCACUUAUUCGACAUAUGAUAGAUGGUCGAAAAAACGCUGCUUUAUUAGAGUUACAAGGUGUUAGAGUUAUUGGGUACUUACUUCAAAAAUGUGACCCUAUUCUUAUAAACAUUAGUUUUUUAGAAUGUCUUAGUAAAUUAGUGGAAACUUUACUAGGUGUAAACCAAGUUUUAUUGGAAAAUAUUUAUCAAUACAUUCUUUUUGAUUUCAACAUAUGGCAUCGUGCUAACACAUCAGUACAAAUAGCACAUAUUCAACUUCUGCAUAACUAUAUUAAGGAGGAUCCUACUUCAUUUUCAAAUUUGUUUGGGGUUGAAUAUUUCAUGCAAAUAGUUGAAUUACAUUAUGGAAGUGUUCAAGUUAAUCAAGAAAGAUGCUGGUUGGCUGAUCAGAGUGACUUGCGAAAAUCAUUAAUAGGGUUGGUUAAGUAUCUAAUGAAAUUAUCACCCAACAAAGAAAAUAUAAGUUUGGCAGUCUCCUAUAUGAGCUGUGUUUCAAAUUCUGAAUGUUUGGAUGAAGUUUUAGAUUUAGUGUUUAGCCUAAUUAAAAGUCCAAAUGAACUUUCUGUAUCUUCAUUACCGCUUUGUUCAUAUUUAGCAGAAUAUGGUUGUUACAUCAUGUAUCGUUGGCUAGUCCAUGAUAUAUUUAACGAGACACGUAGCAAGAUUAUAAAUAUUUUUAUAUACAUGAUAAAAUUUGGAAACCUUACAGAAACAUUGAAACAAAAAUUAGUUUUGAAAGACUUAUUUCCUGCUAUUGGGGAGCUACUGUGCAAACAAGAAAUUUCAAAAGAUGUUGUACUGCUUCUGUUAAAACUAGGUGUGUCUGUUAGUCAUUCUGAGGAAAUGAAAAAUGAUAUUUUUUUUAAUUAUCAAGUUGUUCUGUCUGCUCUUCGUAUAUGUCAAUCACUUCCUGUAUUUGUAAAACUUGAAGUUGCUAUCAAGGUAAACCAUUCUUUAAAAUUGUGCCCUCAAAGUGCAAUAUGCUGUGCAAAUGCAUUUGCUUGGUAUGAACCUAUUUGGAUGUUAAUAGUUGCAAAUUCACCAGACGAAAGUACUAAAAUGCAAGAAGAAGAUCUUUUAUUUAUAGUUGUUGACAUAAUACACUCAGUAAUUUGGAAUGGUGUAGUAGGAUCAGAUUUUCAAGCAUGGACUAAAAGAAUUGAGCCCAUUACUAGUUUGCACAAAUUAUCAUCACAAUUUACAUUUAUUCAAUCGGCUUUGGUAAUUGAACGUCAACUUUAUGAAAAGUCUUUAUUAACCACUGCAAUGGCACUUAAAAGAUCAACACAGUUAAAUGUGGAUUUGCAAAAUGCAGAACAAAUGAUAAAGCUCGUUAAAGACUUUGUUACUAAUUUUGAGAUAACUGGAAAAAAUUCUGAAAAGUGGAGUUCAAUGCUUAUCUUCAAUGUUUUCGUGUUGCUCGAUGCUAUGGGAGUUUGGGAGGAUAGUACAGAAGUUGGCAAUGAAUGGACAGAAAUUUUACAAGUAACUGAAAGUUUUUUAUAUCUAGCUUUUCAACAGACAAACUCUCGAGAGGUUUUAGAGACUGCCAGCAAUAGGCUUAACCAUUUAUUGCAUAAACGAAAGUUACCUGAUUUUUUAGAAGUUUGUUAUCAAAUAUACUAUAUGCAUGAUGUUUUGUGUGUCCUUCAAAAGCAUGAAUUAUCUACUGAAUCCUUUUUAAUAUAUCUUCUCCAAUGCUUUGAAAAGUAUACUCUACAAUUUUUUUAUGACGAUAAGCUGUCAGAUAUACCUCCACUGCAAAUAGACAUUUUUAAGAAAGAUUUUUUAACAUACAUGAUUGGAGAACAAUAUAUUCUGUUUCUUGAUUCAAUCAAACAUAAUGUUCUAAAAUUUGAAAACAAAGCUUUUUCCUCUUCUUCUUUGGUCAUUGGUAAAUUAUGGAUGAACUCAAUGAAUUCAAUGUCAUCUUCUAGACAAUAUUAUGAUCAGCUUAUAGAAACAGCGCUUCAUGAAUUUAGUAUGGUGAUUUAUGUUAGUUUUGAUGAACGGAGAAAUGAAGAACUCUCUCGUUUAAAGAAUUAUGAAAAUUCAUACAGACAAAAAAAUUCUAUUACAAAAAAAAUGUGGGAGUAUCAAAAACUUUUUUUGAAGAGUGAGCGAGGAACCUGGAAAUCGAGCAAUACUGCUGAACGUCAUUUCAAGUUGUCAAACACAGAAAAUCGUUAUCGAAUGCGUUUGAAACUCUCUGAAAAUCUUCGGUUUAAUUCACAUCAAGAUGCUUCAAUAAAAAGAGAUUUGAUAGGGAUUCCAGAUAUGUUAAAAGCGUUACCAGUUAAUGUUCCAUUGGCUCUUAAUCCUGAAGAUGAUGAUGUUGAAGAUACUGUUGAAUCUUCCGUUUCCCAAGAAGAUAUGUCAAGUAACCUUCAUAUGCUUGGAGCAGACACCGGUGCUACUAUUUAUGCUUCCAACUGCCAUCUCAUAACUUUGAUGGAUAUUGUACAAGGUCAUAUUGAAUUAACUCCAACUCAUCUUUGCUUCAUUGAUGACCAGUGCAGUGCAGUAGAAUUAAUAUAUGACUUCAAAUUUGCCCUUGAAGAAUUAUGUGAAGUUUAUAGUAGAAGAUACAAUUUGCGUAAAACAGCUCUGGAAUUUUUUUUGUUAGAUCGAUCAAGUUUUUUAGUGAACUUUUCUACUAUCAUAGAAAAAGAUUCUUUUUAUAAAAAGUUGAUUGCUACUCGACCUGUCAAUCUUUAUUAUAGUGGAAUACAAAAUCCAUCACAACUUUUAAGAGCAUCUAAAUUAACCAACAAGUGGGUUGAGCGUGAAAUAUCUAACUUUGAGUACUUGAUGCAUUUAAACACUAUAUCUGGACGGACAUAUAAUGACUUAUCUCAGUAUCCAGUAUUUCCUUGGAUUUUAAGUGACUAUGUUUCAGAAAAAAUUGAUUUAAAUGAUGAAUCUAUAUAUAGAGACUUGUCAAAGCCUGUUGGUGCCCUAAACGAAGAAAGAGCUAAAGAAAUUAAUGAAAGGUAUAAUACAUUUGUUGAUGUCAGUGGUGUCACAAAGAAGUCACAUUAUUUUACCCAUUAUUCAAAUCCAGCUGGUGUUUUGCAUUAUAUGCUGCGUGUUGAACCAUUUACUAGUCUCCAUGUAAAACUUCAAGGCGGAAGAUUUGACUGUCCAAAUCGUCAGUUUUAUUCCAUUUCUAAUUCGUGGAAUUCUGUUAUGAAAGGUGUAGAUAUUAAAGAACUUAUUCCUGAGUUUUUCUUCUUUCCUGAGUUUCUAAUCAACAUGAAUAAAUUUUGUUUGGGGAACCUGCAAGAUGGAACACAGGUGGAUGAUGUGAUUCUUCCUCCAUGGGCUAAAGAUGCUUAUACAUUUGUUCACAUAAAUAGGCAAGCUCUAGAAUCAGAGUAUGUAUCAAACAAUCUGCAUUCUUGGAUCGAUCUUAUAUUUGGUUAUAAACAGAAAGGAAAAGAAGCUGAAAAAGCCCUCAAUAUAUUUAGUCAUUAUUCUUAUGAAGGUGCUGUUGAUUUGGAUUCAAUAGAAGAUUCUAGCUUAAGAGAAUCUAUUGAAGGAAUGAUCAAUAACUUUGGUCAGGUACCGACACAACUUUUAAAGAAACCUCACCCAAAAAGAAAGAAGCUGCAGGAUGUUGAUUUCGGAAAACCUAAAGUUGUGACAGAUUUUAAUGCAGCUACAUUUUCUCUAAUUGAGAUAUCACACAAAGAUCCAGUUGUUUUUAUUGCAACAAGUAAACCUCGUGAAAGGACAAUUCUCUAUCUUUCUCUUCCUGAUACUUUAUUAAGCAUCCAUUCAAAUAGUCUUUAUGGUAUUCAUUCAUGGUUGCCUCACACAGAUCCUAAUCGAAAUCCUUUAUCGUUUACUCAAGAUGUCAAACUGAGCUCUACACAGCGAUCACUGCCUGGGAUUCUUUCUCCCUCUGUGCGAAUAUCGUCACAUUUAUUUGGAUUUUCUUCCGAUGGACGUUUGAUGCUAUCGUGUGGGUAUUGGGAUAAUAGUAUUAGAGUUGUCAGUAUAGAGCGCGGAGUAGAUACCUUGAAGGCUUGUGUAUACUAUCAUAAUGAUGUUGUUACUUGUCUCAGUAUCGAUCCAAAUGGUUCUCAUGUUAUAACAGGAUCAGCAGAUCGUACUUGUGCGAUUUGGAAAGUUUAUCAAAGUAGCGGUUUUUCAUCUGGGAUUUCAGAAAAGCCGAUUCAAGUAAUAUAUGGACACGACGCUUGUUUAUCUGAUGUUUCAAUGUAUCUUGAUCUUGAUCUGGCGGUAACGGGAGCGGUGGAUGGCGUUUGUUUGGUACAUACCAUACACAAAGGUAUCUAUAUGCACACUUUACUUCCGAGCAAAAUACUAUCGUCAACCAAAAUUGAAGUUGCGCAAAUUAAACUAUCAGAACAAGGAAGAAUUGUUGUACUUUAUAAAUCAUACCAAUCUGCAGCAACUUCUAAUUUUGUGUGCAUCUACAGUAUAAAUGGCUCGCUGUUAUAUAAUAUAGUUCUAAGUGAAAUGGUUUCGGGAAUGAUCAUCUUGAACAACUAUCUUAUUACUGGAACUGAAAGCGGAUCUUUACAGAUAAGAGAUGUCAACGAUUUUAACAAUGUUGUUUAUUCAAAGAAUGUUCGUUCGUCAAUUUCUUCUGUUGCCGCAUCUUAUAAUGGCAGUCAUUUAUUUAUUGGUAGAGGAGAUGGUAAUAUUUUAGUUAUGUGUCCGACAAAAUAAUUAAUUCGUAUAUUGUUAAGAACAAAUAGAAGCAUUUCGACUCUUUCAAAUUUUAAAAAUGCUGCUUUUCUACAGCCACUGUUUUAAUGUUAACUUAUGCAAUGUUAACGGUAGCGUUUACCUCGUGAAAUAUAUUUAUACAAAUAAUAUUUAUACAAACAAUAAUAGGAAUAUUUUUUACAAUUUUAUUUUUUCACUUUGUUUAUAACUUAUAAAUAAAUGAAUUUUGUACGUAUGCUUUUGUAUGAAUAAUCGCAUAGCGUGUAUAUAAACAAUAACAUUGAAUGUAUAUAAAUCACAGCAUUGCAUGUAAGUAAAUAUUAUAAAUGA